CAAGGCUCCUUUCCAGCGUCACAGCAACGCAACACGUUGUCUCCCUCAACUCUAAUAUCAAACACAAGUGUCUCACGAAAUCAGCGUCCACGUUAAAUGCUCAGACGCCAUUCCCUCCCUAUAUAAACAAACAAAACGCGAAUUUUUCAAAUGUCACCGUUUCAGUAUCGCUGUCGCUUUCUCUAGAACAAAAGACUGCUUCAAGCUUAACUAAAGUCGGCAAACACGACCUGAACUCGCUCGCUCUCUCAGAAGAUUGUGGAGGGUCUUAUUGCCUAGAAAAGAGACAUUUGUGGAAGAUCUUUAUGGAUAAUGGAGAACAAGUCGGGUGAAGUUUCACAUGUAGGUAAGCUGAAACUAUCUUGGUGGAAGAUGUACCAAAGAUAGGAAGUGAAGUUUACUGAUUCAACGAGUGUUAGGGGGUAAUGUAAAAGGAAGAUAGGAUAAGCAGAGAAAGCUACUGAGUGAAUGAUGGAUGACUUGGAGAUGGGAGAUCGGACAAUCAAGAUUAAGAGUGAUGUGAAGAAAAGAAAGAAUUCCUUUGUGUGAAUUUCCUUGCUAUCAUUGAAGAAGAUGCAUAUGAUAACAGCAAAAUGAAGGAAGCAACGGAGUCCCACCAUACUGACACAAAGGAAGUUGCAGGACCAGUUCCUAGUUCUCCAGGAGAUCGCAAACGCAUUAACAUGGUUGAGGGGAAGGAUGAGAAAAUAGUUUCCCAAAAUGUACCUGUUGAUGGGGCCACAUCUGGGGAAGUAAAUAUGGAGGCUUCCAUAACUACUGAUGAUGUCAUACGGGCUGGAGGUUUUGGAGCUAGAGAUGAUAUAAGUAGCUUUCUUCCUGUUGCAAGUGAUUCAACAGACUUUGAAGCAACUAUUCGUGAUGCCAGAAACUAUGAAGAGCCACAGGGAGAAAUAUGCAGACAUGGUCUUGGCUGGAAGGAACCAGCAGAUGGAAAAUAACUUGUUUUCAUUCUUAAUGUCGUGAGUUCUUACCGGUCAACUUUUUCUGGCAUUAUUUAGCUUUUAAGAUCUUGUGCUUUGCACAUCAUGUUACUAUAUGGUUUGGCUUCAUUGUCACAACGUCACUGUUUUGGUUUUGCAAUAUCCCGUACUGUUAAGAAUCAAAUAGUUGUCUUCCCCUUAUCCAUUGAAAUGACAGAAAUUAGAUAACAUAUAUCUUUCUGUAUGGCUUGCUUAA